AUGCUCUUAUUACUUGGCAAUGGUACUGGUUCAGCUCAUAUAUGGUGGAUCAAACAUCCUCAUAAAAUUCUCCCUUGCAGAAGGACUCAAUCCAAUUGUCUUCGUCGUUUACCGCGGCAUGUUAUGGCCAUGGUUUUGGUAGGACCAUUUGCUUGUGUACUUGAAAGGAAACAAAGGCCUUCACUCUCAUUUUCUGUAGCUGCCAAAAUUUUUGUGCUUGCCUUGUUUGGAACCACCAUCCAUCUGAAUGUGUACUAUGCUGGUUUAGCAUACACUUCUCCAACAGUUGCAUGUGCCUUGAGUGAUGUUAUUCCCAGCUUGACAUUUCUAAUGGCAGUUAUACUUGGGUUGGAGAAGUUGAAGUUUAGAACUGCUAGAGGUCAAGCUAAGGUGGCUGGCACACUUUUCUGCAUUGGUGGUUCUCUUGUUUUCACUUUCUGGAAAGGAGGAUACCUAUUUAAAGGUUUUGUAAAGAGGCCACUGAUAAAUACAUCUGUUGGUGAGAUGAGGCAUGUUAAGGAAAACUGGAUCAAGGGGGUUCUUCUUAUUCUGACGAGUCACAUUGCAUGGAGUGCAUGGCUAACCCUCCAGGCUGUGGUCUCCAAAGUCUACACUGCUCGAUUAUUGCUAACCACGAUGAUAUGCUUUUUCGCGUCGUUGCAAUCUUCUUUUCUUGAUCUGUUUUUCUAUCAAGAAAUCCAAUUUCAUGGAGACUGGAGUGGAACCUGCAACUUUCAAAACAUUGCCUACUGCGGAGUUGUAAUCUCAGCAUUGGCCUGCUACCUGCAAACAUGGUGCAUCAGUUACAAGGGACCAGUCUUUGCAGCUAUGUUUAGUCCACUUCAAGUCAUUAUAGUGGCAUUGUUCUCGGCAAUUUCUUUCGCAGAGCGACUUCACUUUGGCAGCUUGAUCGGAGCGUUUCUCAUUAUCGUGGGCCUUUACUGUGUGCUGUGGGGAAAGAAGGAAAGACAAUCUUGUUGCUGA